AGAUAAUUAUAUAUGUUUCAUGCUUUGAAAUGAUCAGUUUUUGCAUUUUAUGAAGUCACACUUACUCGUGAAAGUAACAUGCUAUGGAAGUGUGGAAGUGAAAAUGGCUUGACAUGGCCAGCACACUCAAUGUGAAGCCAGAUUCUGCCUUCUCCGCUUUAGGAGCGGGGACUGUUGACGCUUUUGACAACGAGCUUCAAGAGGCACCAGAAGAAGAAGAUUUCGACGGUUUCAACGAUGAAACAUUUGGAGCUAGUUGUCCUGGAGAAGACUUCAACUGGGAGCAAGAACAUGAAAGGCUUGCAGAAGAAGAAGAGAAUGAAACAACUGAGUUCCACCAUCGUGAUCAUACCAAAGAUUCUGGUUAUGGAAAUGCUGAGCGCUCGUAUCGGAGUCAGGAAGAAUAUCAUAUUGAGGAGAGUAUAAGCAGAUUGAUAGUGGAGGAUGAAGAUGAAGAAAGCUUACCCGUCCGUAUCCGAUCUCGACCUAUUCCAGCAAUAAAGGGUCAGCCACACCUGGAACAGCUGUUUGGUCCAUCGUCCCCACCAGCUUUGUAUGACACAGAACACUUGGCAUCUCCAGGAAGAAACAUCUGGGGCUCUCCGGCUCAUGAAGAUAUUUUCCAUAAACCAACAGAUGCAUUGCAGAAGUUGUUUCAAAGUGCAAAGGCUGUACGUAGAGGUGAGUCACCUGUUCCCAUUCUUCCUCAUCCACUGCCACCACAGUCACCUGCAGCACUUCCGCAGGCUCACACUUUGGAAGAGAUUGAAAGGCUGAUGCUUGCCCGAGGAAAGAAACCCCAGGUCAUAACUGCAGAAGAGCUGGAGCGCAAGUUGCGAGGUGAUUCUACCCCUGGUAACCAGGCGGCCUCAACACCUCAUGUUGUUGGUCCACUCCCACAGUUUCCACUUCACCCUCUACCACAGCUUCGCCCUGGCCUUUUGCCAGCAUCCUUGCUGCUGAAUGAUCAGCGCUCUCCCUUUCCUGUGUCGGUCCCUGUGACACCUAUUGGCCAUGCUGUUCAGCCCACAACUCCCUCCAGUAAGGCAGGAAUACUUCCACUCAGCCAGCAGAAGCAGAUGGCCAAUGGGCGAAGCUCUCCUAUUCCUAUUAUGACACCAAAGGCCAUGCCUCCUGGCAGCAUGCUUGCAGGGUCCCCACAGCUUGCUUCUGGACGGCACACAAGCACUCCUACACCACCUCCUGGGAUGGUUUCCCUUUUCCAGCCCCCACCCACUGCUCGUCUUGUGUCUCCCUACAAUCGGCCUGUCACUCCAGUCAAUAAUGGCAUCUCCCCUGCCACUCUUGGGAGCCGCAGGCUUGGACUUCCACCAAAUGUGAUACCUCCUUUGCAGCGUGGGCCUGUACCAAGUAGUCCUGUUGGUACUCCACCAGGAGGAAGAUUGUCGGCUCAUGGUAUUCCGGACAUUUCAUCACGAAGCAAGCCACCAAUAGGAGACUGGCGGCAUGAUGGUAGCCGACAUGAAACAGGUGUUACACUUGGAAACCGCACCAACCAGUCUCAAAGUGACAAAAACCGUGCCUACCGCACCAACUACCAGCGUCCUCCACCAUGGCAGCAGCAUCACCAACAUCAGGAUAUGCAACAGGCACAAGGGGAAGAAGAUGAAUAUGCAGGACUGAUGACAAAGCGAGAAAAGGACUGGAUCAUUAAGAUACAGUUGCUCCAGCUCAAUACUGACAAUCCUUACUUGGACGACUACUACUUUACGUACUACACACUGAGGAAGAAAAUGCGGGAGAGGUUUUCUGGUGGUGGUGAUGCCGACUUGCAUCUUGAGCCCACACUUCUUAUCCCCAACUUGUCCAAGAUUGAAACAAAGGCUUACACUCCAGCCCACUUUGAAGGCUCUCUUGGUAGACUCACCACAGCCAGUGUUCACAACCCACGUCAGAUCAUAGAUGUAGCACGUGGGUCCUCACCACUGGAGGACACCUCUAAGAAGAAUGUUAGCAAAGAACUCCGCAAAUUUCGCCAGCUUCUCAUGGAUAUUGAGAAGGGCUACACUCUGCUUCUGGAUAUAGAUGACAUUGAAAAGAAAGUGCUUGCUUUGCCUGAAGAGAGCAGGAUUCCCUUGUUCCUGGAGCGUCAUGAGAAAAUAGGACAGCUGUACCAGUACUUCACUAGCGAUGAGAGCAUUGAGCAGCAUACACAGAUUCUUGGUGUGCGAAAAGGGAGAAAGUUGCUUGCCAGGGUACUUCCAUUAUUCAGCAAGAAUCAAGCCCAUGUUGCACUGUGUAUUCUGUUUCAUCAUAUGUACAACCUUGUCAAAAAAGAUGUUGCAGAUGAGGGGCUGUCCUUGAUGACAAGAUCCGUGUGUAGUGCCCUAGAGGGCAGUGACCUAGAUGCUCUUGUGCGACUUGUUGACGUCCUUAAAGGAGAAAAAUGGUCACAAAGUGGCUCCUACCUUGAUCCCCUUUUCACUAAUCAGUUUGGUGCUGCUGUGCUGUGCAGUCUCUUACAGCAAGGUGAGAAGGUAUAUUGCAACACAUCACCAGUGGACAUGGAUAAUCAGCUUCAGACUGAAUGGAGCAAGUUUGUCGAAGAGUUUGCAGAUGGCCUGAAAGAAAUUUCUCUCAAGGACUUGGCACCUCCUUCAUUUGCCUUGCCUCUGGUCACCCCACAUCUCACACGUCUUCUGAAUGCUCAGGUGCUUGUGCAGAUUGAAGACAAGGUUCAGCGCCUUACUACACCUAGUACUGCCAAUGCCAGCCUAGCUUCUUUUGCCAUCACCUCCAUUUCUGUUGUUGACAGCAGUUCUACCAUAAGUAACUUAACAAACUCAUGACAUCACGUCCGCUGUGUGUGCUUGGCUUAUAAAAGUGGUGUGCCUGCUUUUUCUGGGUAAUUUGAUGGUCUAGUGUGCUGUGCACCACAGUAAUCUGUUGGUCUCGCCACAAAAUUGUAAGCGCUGUGUAGUCCCAUGCUGUAUCAGAAUUCUUGUAAGAUAUUUCUAUCUCAUCUGGUUAUAGACAGCAACUGUAAAUAAAUUUUUGUGACUGUGUAAACAUCUGUUAAACUUUCCAUUACAUUAAUCUAUAUCUAGCUACCAGAUGAAAGUUACCAAUAUGUUCAGAAAUGGUGAAUAUAAUUGUGUGCUUAAAAUGCCAUUCUUUUCCACAAGAUGGUUAUAGGACUGUGCUGUACCAAUAGAAAGAUGUUUGAUUUUGAAAUCUGUUUUCUUUUUUGCAAUAUGAAAGAAAUUAUGAAGUGAAGAAAAAAAAAUUAUUAUACUUUGAUAUUUAAGAUAUUUAUCAUUCAAAUUAUUAUCAUUUUUGUGAUCAGUAAAUUUAAACUACUUUAACCAUAGGAAACGGAUUUAGAGAAUCUAGACUAUGUUCUUACUGACUGCAGGGAAAGAUAAUGAAUAUGUAAAAUACAAGUUGCGGGCUUAAUUAUCUUUUAGCACACCAGUGAAAGAAGUAAACUAAUAAGCAGUAGAAUUUAUUAUCGGAUAGUGUGUUCUU